AUGGCGCCCCAGUAUCUACACCGAUUGAGUGCCUGGGUAAGCGAAGGCUCCCUUGCCAACCAGUUCAUUCAGCUCUUCCAGCUAUUCAAUCGACCGGGUUCAGGCGGAGCAAGGAAUGAUGCUCCUGCUCUUGAUGACAACGGCCGUUUGCCCGAAUCUCAAGCUCGCGAUGAGAUACUCUGGCGUCACGCUGCUCCAGAGAAGACCCAGAUGUGGGCAUUCAUGCAAAAAGUAAACACCAAAUAUGACUACUCUUUCCAGACAUAUCAAGACCUCCACCACUGGAGUAUCACGCACCGCAGCGAGUUCUGGGCCGAGGCGUGGGACUUUUGCGGGAUCCGAUAUUCGCGAUUUUACGAUCAGGUCGUGGACGAUGCGGCUCCAAUGUGGCCACCACCCGCCUGGUUCAGCGGUGCCAGGCUUAACUUCGCAGAGAACCUCCUGUUCCCUACACAGACAGUGUCAGAGGAAACCGUCGCGGUAAUGUCCAUCAACGAGGGGGACGGGGACCGCGAAUUUAUCACAUGGAAAGACCUGCGCGAGCAGGUACGCCGGUGCCAGGCCGGAUUGCACAGCUUGAAGAUUCAGCCCGGCGAUCGAGUGGCGGGAUACGUCGCCAAUCACAGCACUGCUCUCGUCGCAAUGCUGGCUACGACUUCGCUAGGAGCCAUUUGGACAGCCGUCAGCCCCGAUACAGGCGUCAAAGGGACGCUGGGCCGCCUCGUACAGGUCGAACCUCGGCUCCUGUUCACUGAUAAUGCCGUCGUCUACAAUGCAAAGUUAUACUCCGUGCUGCCCAAGACCCAGAAGAUCGUCGCCAGUCUUCCCUCCCUAGAAGCUGUGGUAGUUGUGCCUACUGCAGCGAGCAUCCAGGCUAACCUUCCGGGUUCUGGGCCUGCGUCCUCCAUGACAUGCUGGACAUACGAGGGCUUCCUCACCCAAGGAUCCGAGACACACCGGCUGAAAUUUGUCCAUAUGCCGGCUGAGCAUCCCUUGUACAUUCUCUACAGCUCAGGCACCACAGGCGAGCCCAAGUGCAUCGUGCACGGGGCUAUUGGAACGCUGUUGCAGCACAAGAAGGAACAUAUUCUGCAAAGUGACAUCCGGCCGGGCGAUCGACUCUGCUACGUGACGACGUGCAUGUGGAUGAUGUGGCAUUGGCUGGUGUCAGGACUAGCCUCUGGAGCUACGGUGGUUUUGUAUAACGGGUCGCCGUUUCACUACACACCCGUUAGGCAGAACAUAUCGGUCAAAGAGGAGUUGGCUAUGCCGAAGCUGAUUGACGAGCUUGGCAUCACCCAAUUCGGGGCCAGCGCAACGUACUUUUCCAUGCUGGAGCGCGGAGGACACUGGCGUAAAACCCCAUCCAUGAAGACGCUAAAGGCCGUCUACUCCACGGGCUCGCCGCUUGGCCCGUCAACAUUCCGUUACAUCUAUCGAGCUUUCGGCCCGCAUGUGAAUCUCGGCUCGAUAUCAGGCGGAACGGACAUAAUCUCCGAUUUUGGCGUGCCCUCCCCGUUGAAGCCCGUGGUCACCGGGGAGAUUCAAGCGAUCGCGCUGGGUAUGGCAGUUCAGACUUGUGGGCCCACAGGUGUUGAUUUGAGUGCGACAGGCGAGCCAGGGGAGCUAAUCCAGUUUUGGGGCGCUUUAGGUUCGUCGAGAUACCAGUCCUCCUACUUCGCCAGAUACCCUGGAAUUUGGGCUCACGGUGAUCACAUCCGGAUCAAUCCGCGCACGGGCGGACUGAUCAUGCUAGGCCGGUCGGAUGGGACACUGAACCCCAGCGGUGUGCGGUUCGGUAGUGCAGAAAUAUACAACUUGCUUCAGCAUCGUUUCGCAGCGCAGAUUGAGGAUGGGCUGUGCGUGGGUCGGCGUCGGCAACAGGACUCUGAUGAGACGGUUGUGUUGUUUAUCAAGAUGCGCCAGGGUCAGCGCUGGACGCUGGCCCUAACUGAGGCGAUCUGCCGUACCGUGCGGGAGGAGCUCUCACCAAGACAUGUUCCAGGGUUGAUCAGCGAGUGUCCAGAGAUUCCAGUGACGGCAAACGGGAAGAAAGUUGAGGUAUUGGUGAAGAAGAUAAUAAGUGGUCUCGAAAUUUCGAAUGCCGGAGGAUCGGGUACAGUGAAUGUCGAGUGUCUGCGGUGGUUUCAGGACUGGGCAAGUCGGAAUUGAGAUGAAUCAUUGCGAGUACUCUAUAUAUAGCGAAAUCAACGGAAUAAUAGGACAUAGUAAACUUCUCUAUAAAGCAUGGAUAUUUCUG